AUGGCGGGCGGACACAUGAAAUACCGGCAACUGUCGCGCGACUCGGCGCACCGCCAAGCCCUCCUCCGCAACCUGGUCACCUCACUGAUCAAGAACGAGUCGAUCCACACCACAUGGCCCAAGGCCAAGGAAGCGCAGCGGCUAGCCGAGAAACUCAUCACGCACGCGAAGAAGAACGACGAGAUUGCGCGCAGGAAAGCACAGGGGAUCCUCUUCACACCGCACGAACUCAUGCCCAAACUCUUCGGCGAGAUCCGCGAGCGGUAUCUCAACCGGCCCGGCGGCUACACGCGCGUGCUGCGGACCGAGCCCAAGGACAAGUACGACCAGGCGCCGUCGGCCAUCCUGGAGCUGGUGGACGGGCCCAAGGACAUGCGGUUCGCCAUGACGGCGGCGGCGGUGGCGCGCGACCGGGCGCUGGGCAAGGGCCACACGGACCUGACGCGCAAGAACAUCGCCAAGGUGACGCGGUACCGGAAGGAAGGGAGGGACGAGUUCGAGGAGAUGGUCGAUAAGAUCCAGACGCUGGGUUUGGCGGAGAGUAGUAGUAAAUGA